UAUGUACAUGCGCUUCAUAAUUAAUUUUCCUUGCGCUGCUACAUAGAUCAGUUUUGAUGCUUUUUCUAAAACGGAAGUGUGUUUUACUGUCCAGUUAGGUACCUUAGGCUAUACCACGGAUAAAUCGAUUUGUAUUAUCUUCCAAUGAUUGUACUAUCAAAAUAAGGUGCUGCUAGAGGCUAGAAUCCGCCCGAAAUCAACAUGCUGUUGGUGAAUAUUCUACUUCUAUUCCUAAGCUACGGCGCGGGUGAAAUUGUGAAUGAUUAUGAUGAUGAUCUGGUGGUUGAACUGAAUGAAGGUUCUGUUAAAGGGAAGUUGAUGACGACGUGGGGUGGUAAAAACGUACGAGCCUUCCUUGGUAUUCGCUACGCCAAACCACCAAUCAGAUUCAAGGAUCCAGAGGAUGUUGAACCUUGGGAAGGUGUCAGAUCGGCCGUUGAAGAUGGGUCAGCCUGCACACAGUUCAGAGGAAAAGACCUUAUAGGCAGUGAAGAUUGCCUCUUUCUCAACGUAUUUGUACCAGUAACAAAUAAGCGAAACCUGCCAGUCCUAUUCUACAUUCACGGAGGCUUCUUAGCAUUUGGUUCAUCCAAUAGUAAAGACGUGGGUCCGGAAAUUCUGCUGGAUUACUGUGACUGUAUACUAGUGACCAUCAACUAUCGUUUGAGUGUUCUAGGGUUCUUGUCUAUAGGUGAUGCUGAAGCAGGAGGUAAUUUUGGAUUCAAAGAUCAAGCGGCCGCAUUGAGAUGGGUCAAUCGUAAUAUAAACUAUUUCGGUGGAGAUUGCAGUCAAGUCACUCUUUUUGGGCACAGCGCUGGCGCUACUAGUGUUGGAUAUCAUCUACAUUCAGAAAUGAGUGCAGGGCUGUUCCACAGAGCGAUACUAGCCAGCUCUGCUAUGGACUCUCACAGAGCCACUUCAGCCAGCUUUGCUAAAUCUAAUACUUUACGACUAGCGAAACUCUUGAAAUGUCCAACAAGCAAUGACUCAUCAGUAGUCAUGAAAUGUCUUCGGGAAAAACCAGUCAAGGAAAUCUAUGAUAAUCUGAAGAAUUUGAAGGUUUGGGGGAAUGAACCUCUGUUAGUGUUCCGACCUGUAUUGGAAAAUGGCUGUCAGGAAAAAUGUUUCAUAACUGAGCGUUCAGUAAAGUCCAGAUCAACUGUACCAUUGAUUGUUGGCUACACCUCUGAGGAUGGAUAUGUGGUUUCAGAGACUAUAAUCCAGAGGCCGGAAUUCAUAGCUGGCAUCAAUCAACAUUUUGACAACAUUAUCCCAAUCGUCCUAAGAUACGAUCAGUUUGAGAAUAAGAACGAAAUUACAAGCGCCAUCAAGAAGUUUUAUCUUGAUAACUCAGGCAUACAUUCUGGGAAUUUCAUGAAUUUCACUCAUAUGUGUGGAGACGUGAUGUACUGGCGUGCAAUGCUCAAAGAGCUCAUUGAUCAUGAUGGUUCAGCUCUUCUUUUUUAUUACACUCAUAGAGGAUCUCUGACUUAUCUCCGUAAUAAGACUCUAGAAGGUGUUGCGCACGGCGAUCAUCAGCUUUUGAUUUUUCCCUAUCAGUCUCAGUUUGGAGAGCACAGAAUCUCUGAUGAGGACAAGAAAGUCAGUGCUGAGUUUGCUGCACUUGUUGCUGGAUUUGUCGAAUUAGGAGUAUCCUAUCCAGGCUGGAGGAAUUUUGACCUAUGCAAAAUGAACUACCUGCAUAUUGGGACUAACACGUUUUACAUGAAGAAUAAUAUGCUUGGUGCUAGAUCACAGUUUUGGAAAGAUUGGCUGCUCAAUGAUAAUAAUGAGCGCACUGAACUCUGAUAAGCUAAUGCCUCAGCUGCCUUCAAAAGUCAUUGGGCAUUCAUUGAGACCUUACUUUUACAUAAUAUAUUGGUCUUCAUCCUGGUCCAAGUAUUCUAGGCUAAUUUCAGGAAAUCUUGGCUGGCAGUAUUGACUAAAAUUGAUUUAUUAUUCACAGUUUAUUAUUUUGUUCUACAAUACAAACAUGCGUUUAUCUCUAGUUUUUUUUUAAUUUUCCGAAUUGGUUUGCAUAUAGGUUAUCUGAGUUGGCCAUUUUACUGUGGAAGAUUAAAGAAGUAGACUCCUUUAUACGAACAUACCGGAAGCAUUUGUCAUUUAUCAACAUGUCAUCUUUGGAUUAUGAAAUCAUAUAGAUAAUGGAUUAUUUAAAUUCUUUACAAUGAAAAUUUGACAAAACUAGGUACUUUAUUGAAAUUUACUCAAAACCAGGUAAUAAUAUGAGUUUCCAGUUUCGUUUUCAAUCAUAACAUUAUCAUGUAAAAUCAUGAUAAUUGAUUUGAUAAAAUCAUAGCAAUCAUUGUUACCUCUUGAGAUUUUUGAGGUCAUAUCACAUUCAAACUCCAAUAAUACAUUGAAAAAUCUCACAGACAAGUCACAGAAUUAUAAAAAGGAAAAGUUGUAGGCCUAUAUUUGUGCUAACAGGAUGAAUGAAACACAAAUUGCUCUGCGAUAAUGGCUUGUAUUAAUAAUAGCAGAAAAGCGAGAUACAGAUGCUUUGAACAAUAUUAAUCCAUUUCAUGAUUAGAGCACUCUGAAAGAGGUUUAUAGCCUCUGAAAUUUCGAAUUUACAAUCAAAUAAUAUUCUCGUUAUGACAUACUCAUCAUAGGAUUCGGAUAAGUCUUAACUGAGUCAUGACAAUUGAAUAUUUUACUUAAUUAAUAAAUGCUAUUUUUUAUCUACAACGUAUGACUUGAUAUCCUCUGAAUUAGAUGCAUGGUCUAAGCAACAACUACUUGAAAGUAGAACUGUGGUAGGAUACUCGACUGACCUAGCUGAAACAGUUGACAAUGUACUUUGUCUACUUCGACCUAAUUUGUAUUCUCUCUAAUUGGAAUUACUUGAUCAUAAUUUUCAUUUAGAAGUUUUUACAAUAAUACUCAUAAACAUAUUAUUAUAUAUUGAUUUUGAUAUUUUUGAUAAUUAAGAAACUCAUUACUGAUGUUUCAACUAGUAUGGAAUUUUAUUCCUAAUCUGGAAUUAAUACUUUAUUAAAUCAAGCUAUACUUGUUUUUAACAAAUUUCAUUCGUGAGAGUUCAAAUCAAUGGAGUUGUCCAGCUGUAUACUGAUGUGUUUUUCUUGCUUCGCUUAGUUGAUAUUUUCCAAA